AUGUCGCCGUCAGCUGUCCGCGUCGUGGAAGUGGGGCCGCGGGACGGCCUCCAGAACGUCAAGACCUCAGUUCCGACCGAAGUAAAGUUGGAAUUGAUUAGUAGACUGAGAGAUACGGGUCUUCAGAGCAUUGAGGUCACGUCAGUAGUGUCGCCGAAAGCCAUUCCCCAGCUCGCAGACUGUCGACAAGUCUUAGCAUCACCGACCGUGAAGAGACUUCGCCGAGAAGGUGCCAACCUACGCUUGCCCGUCCUUGUGCCAAACAAGAAAGGGCUCCAAAUAGCCUUGGACUACAAGGUCACUGAGGUGGCCGUGUUUGUAAGUGCGACUGAGGGGUUCAGCCGCGCAAACCUCAACUGCAGCGUGGAAGAGGGCCUCAAGCGCGCGAGAGAAGUCGCAUCCGACGCUACAGCAGCCGGGAUCGCUGUUCGAGGUUACGUCUCUUGUAUCUUUGCAGAUCCGUUCGACGGCCCUACACCGCCUAGCGCCGUCCUUCGAUCGGUUCAAGAGCUGGCCCAGGCCGGCUGCUACGAGGUGAGCUUGGGCGAUACCCUGGGUGUCGGAACAGUGAUAGAGGUUCGGAACCUCAUCACCUUCUUGGCCGACCAUGGUGUCAACCUCCACCGGCUAGCUGGUCACUUUCACGAUACCUACGGCCAGGCUCUCGCAAAUGUAUGGCAAGCCUACCAAUGCGGGAUCCGAGUCUUUGACAGUAGCGUGGGCGGGCUUGGGGGAUGCCCGUUCGCGCCGGGAGCAAAGGGCAACGUGGCGACCGAGGACGUCGUGUACCUAUUCCACAAAGCCGGAGUACAAACCGGGGUCGAUCUUGACAAGCUGGCAGGAGUCGGUUCCUGGAUAUCGCAGCAAUUAUCCAAGCCCAACGACAGCCGUGCGGGAGCUGCCAUCGUGUCGAAGCGCAAAGCGGCUAGUGGCAAAGGCAGCGCGGUGCAAAAGAAGGCCAGCAAGCUUGUCUGGUCCCUAGAACGCGACACCGGACACGUUCGAGUCUACCGCGCCGGAGCUAACGGCAAGAUUGUACUGAAUAACCCCAAACAAGGGAAUGUUCUCAACUCGCACACGCUAUCACAACUGAAAGAUGCGUUUACGGCACUGGAGCAAGACUCCACGAUCGCGCGUAUCGUCCUGAGCGGCACAGGCAAGUUCUUCUGCACCGGCAUGGACUUGAGCCAAGCAGCCAAGGCGGCGGAGCAGGGAUCCCAUGCGGCAUCUGCACUGUCACGGAGUUUGACGGAGUUGUUUGAACUGGUCGACAAUUGCGCGAAACCUACCAUUGCAGUGAUCAAUGGCCCCGUCUUUGGCGGCGGCAUCGGGCUGGCAUUUGCCUGCGACAUUCGUUUGUGUCUCAGCUCGGCCACGUUCACACUCUCCGAGGCCAAACUCGGGCUGUGUCCGGCGGUUAUCUCACGGUACGUGAUACGAGAGUGGGGAUAUCCCCUGGCCCGCGAGGCCAUGCUCACGACGCGAGCCGUCACGGCGGCAGAGCUCAAGUCGAUCUUGGCAGUGCAGCAGGUAGCCCAAAGCCAAGAGGCGCUGGAGAACGGCUUGGAGAGCCUUCUGCAGAGCCUGAGGUUCUCAUCGCCAGCGGGAUCCGCCAUGUCCAAGCAGCUCGUGAGGCUGGCAUGGGCCCAUGCUGGCUCUGAUGAGCAGGAACGAAAUAUUUCUCAACUUUUCCAAAAUAUGCUCAAGGCCGGCGGAGAUGGCCAACACGGAAUUGCGGAGUUUCAGAAACGGCGUAGGGUGGAUUGGGAUUUGUACAAACAAAAGAAGACUCAGGCGAAACUGUAG